AUGGUUACAAACAACGCACCAAUACAGGGAGCAGCAGUCAAUAAGAAGCAGCAGCUGAUCAAACUCAUUUUAGUGUCCAGUGACUACUUUGUAUCUAGUGAGUACUCAGUUUCCGGUGACUACUCAGUGUCCAGUGAUUACUCAGUAUCCAGUGACUACCCAGUGUCCAGUGACAAUUCAGUGUCCAGUGACUAUUCAGUGUCCAUGUCCAGUGACUAUUCAGUGUCCAGUGACUAUUCAGUGUCCAGUGACUACUCAGUCUCCAGUGACUACUCAGUAUCCAGUGACUACUCAGUGUCCAGUGACUAUUCAAUGUCCAGUGGCUUUUCAGUGUCCAUAUCCAGUGACUACUCAGUAUCCAGUGACUUCUCAGUGUCCAGUGACUACUCAACGUCCAGUGACUACUCAGUGUCCAGUGACUACUCAGUGUCCAGUGACUACUCAGUGUCCUUUGACUACUCAGUGUCCUUUGACUAUUCAGUGUCCAGUGGCUACUUGGCAUCCAGUGACUACUCAGUAUCCAGUGACUUCACAGUGUCCAGUGACUACUCAGCGUCCAGUGACUACUCAGUGUCCAGUGACUACUCAGUGUCCUUUGACUAUUCAGUGCUCAGUGACUACUCAGUGUCCAGUGACUAUUCAGGAUCCAGUGACUACUCAGUGUCCAGUGACUACACAGUGUAUAGUGACUAUUCAGUGUCCAGCGUGAAUUCAGUGCCCAGUGACUACUCAGUAUCCAUGCCCAGUAACUACUCAGUGUCCAGUGACUACACAGUGUAUAGUGACUAUUCAGUGUCCAGUGAGAAUUCAGUGUCAAGUUACUACUCAGUAUCCAGUGACUACUCAGUAUCUAGUGAAUAUUCAGUAUCUAGUGACUACUCAGUAUCCAGUGACUACACACUGCCCAGUGACUACUCAGUAUCCAGUGACUAUUCAGUGCCCAGUGACUACUCAGUAUCCAGUGACUAUUCAGUAUCUAGUGACUACUCAAUAUCUGGUGACUACUCAGUAUCUAGUGACUACUCAGUGUCCAGUGACUACUCGGCAUCCAGUGACUACUCAGUAUCCAGUGACUUGUCCAGUGACUACUCAAUGUCCAGUGACUACUCGGCAUCCAGUGACUACUCAGUAUCCAGUGACUUCACAGUUUCCAGUGACUACUCAACGUCCAGUGACUACUCAGUGUCCAGUGACUAUUCAGUGUCCAGUGACUACUCAGUGUCCAGUGACUACUCAGUAUACAUGUCCAGUGAGAAUUCAGUGUCAAGUUACUACUCAGUAUCCAGUGACUACUCAGUAUCUAGUGAAUAUUCAGUAUCUAGUGACUACUCAGUAUCCAGUGACUACACACUGCCCAGUGACUACUCAGUAUCCAGUGACUAUUCAGUGCCCAGUGACUACUCAGUUUCCAGUGACUGUGAGUACUCAGCGUCCAGUGACUACUCAGUGUCCAGUGACUUCUCAGUGUCCAUGGACUAUUCAGCGUCCUGUGACUACUCAGUGUCCAUGUCCAGUGACUACUCAAUGUCCAGUGACUACUCGGCAUCCAGUGACUACUCAGUAUCCAGUGACUUCACAGUUUCCAGUGACUACUCAACGUCCAGUGACUACUCAGUGUCCAGUGACUAUUCAGUGUCCAGUGACUACUCAGUGUCCAGUGACUACUCAGUAUCCAGUGACUACUCAGUGUCCAUUGACUUUUCAGCGUCCAGUGACUACUCAGUGUCCAUGUUCAGUGACUACUCAGUAUCUAGUGGCUACUUAGUGUCCAGUGAAAUUUCAGUGUCCAGUGACUACUCAGUGUCCAGUGACUAUACAGUGUCCAGUGACUACUCAGUAUCCAGUGACUAUUCAGUAUCUAGUGACUAUUCAGUGUCCAGUGACUACUCAGUAUCUAGUGACUACUCUGUGUCCAGUGACUAUUCAGUAUCCAGUGACUACUCAGUAUCGAAUGACUACUCAGUGUCCAGUUUGUACUCAGUGUCCAGUGACUACACAGUGUCCAGUGACUACUCAGUAUCGAAUGACUACUCAGUGUCCAGUUUGUACUCAGUGUCCAGUGACUACACAGUGUCCAUAUCCAGUGACUACUCAGUAUCCAGUGAGUACUCAGUAGCUAGUGACUAUUUUGAAUCUAGUGAUUACUCAGUAUCUAGUGACUACUCAGUAUCUAGUGACUACUCAGUGUCCAGUGUCUGGUCAGUUUCUAGUGACUACUCAGUUUCUAGUUACUACUCAGUAUCCAGUGAUUACAUAGUAUCUAGUGACUACUCAUUAUCAAGUGACUACUCAGUGUCCAUUGACUACUCAGUAUCUAGUGACUACUCAGUAUCUAGUGACUACUCAGUGUCCAGUGUCUGCUCAGUAUCUAGUGAGUACUCAGUAUCUGCCCAGCCAGCACACCACUAUCGGAUUGAUAUCGGUAGCAAAACGGUAUAUCGGAAAAUCGGCACGAUGUCUAUCCGAUGUUAA